UCCACUCCAUAGUGGACGCUCUAACUAACUUCUCAACAGAAAUCCAUCCGCUAUUUCACAUACAUUUCAUUGGAGAUGGACAAUAACAGAGUAGAUAGUGUGAAACCAGAGAGAGAGAAACGGAAAACAAACCGAGCAAUCGCGAAAAUCAUGAAGAAGAAAGGGAAGAAGAAGAAGAAAGGGAAGAAGCAGAAGAAGAAGAAAUUGAGCUAUUAUUUAAUUCCGAGAUUUCCGUGUAUGAGAUUAGACGACGGCGUUACGGUGGCGGAGACGCCGGCCGGCGGCGGCAGUUUCGACAUGGAGGCUGGGUGCAGCGGGAGGAGGGAUCAUUCACCCACGCACCUCGUCGUUACGGUCAAUGGGAUUAUUGGAAGUGCUCAAAAUUGGAGGUAUGCAGCAAAGCAGUUCGUGAAGGCUUAUCCAGAUGAUGUUUUAGUAUAUUGCAGUCAGUCGAAUACUUCAAUGUUGACGUUUGAUGGUGUUGAUGCUAUGGGGAAGAGAUUAGCUGAUGAGGUGGUUUCUUUUGUUGGCCAUCAUCCAAAUCUUCAGAAGAUUUCGUUUCUAGGUCACUCACUCGGUGGCUUGAUAGCAAGAUACGCCAUUGCUGUGCUUUACCAGCAAAAUGUGAUGCAAAAGAACGUUGAGCAAAGUGGUGGUGAAUGUGUUGGUGAGGAGAAACAAAGGGGAGUUGUUGCAGGGCUCGAACCUGUGAACUUCAUUACCUUUGCAACGCCACAUCUUGGUUCGAGGGGGCAUAAACAGGUUCCGGUUUUCUGUGGUGUCCACACCGUGGAGAGACUAGCAACCCGUGCUUUGUUUCUACUUGGUAGAACGGGUAAGCAUUUGUUCUUGAGUGAUUCGGAUAAUGGAAAAGCUCCAAUUCUGCUCAGAAUGUGCAGUGAUUCUGAAGACCUAAAGUUUAUAUCCGCGUUGCAGUCAUUUAAGAGGCGUGCUGCCUAUGCAUAUGUACGCUUUGACAGCAUCCUCCCGAUGUUACUUAUUUAGUAGUAGUAUUUUUUAAGUUGGAUGUCUUCUCCAGUUAUAGAAAUAUAAAAACAUAGUACUGUAUUACUUUGUGUAAUGGCCUUGAUACCAAAUCUAGAUAUUGUUGGGUGGAGUUCAUCAUCACUGCGUCGUCUGAGUGAGCUCCCAAAGCGCCGGAAUCUUGAGAGAAAGCAAACGCUGUCUGUCAUCAGCCCUCAAGGAGAAGUUCCAUGGGAAAUCAAAGCUGGUAGAGGCAGGACAAAGGAUAUGGAAGAGACGAUGAUCGGAGGGCUGACUAGGCUGAACUGGGAACGAGUCGAUGUCAGCUUCACCGGAAGUAUGCAAUGGCUUCUUGCACACUGCACAAUUCAGGCAAGCUUAUUGAGGCCUUCUAAGAUGCAUAAUACUAGUGACUCUUUUAACUAUUGAGUUAUUUUUCUACAUAUACUAAUUAUUAAUUUAGUAUGAUAAAUACCAUUA